GUUUUCACAGCAAAUUGACAAGGACGCUGCUUCACGCAUGGCGGAAAAAGAACAUGUUUACUUAUAAUAUUUACAGAAGUAUUUCAGUUUUUAUUUUGUAAAUAGGCUGUUAUUAAAGCGUUUGUUAGCAUGUUCCCUGUUAGCCCUUUUAAAGCCUAAUAUUAGAUAUUAAAAAGAAGUUCUGCUGAUUAGAUGCAAAAUGUCUGCGUUUAAAAUGUUGCUUAACUUUGUAAAGCGCCGAAGCUCCUGGACUCAUGCUCGGAAAACCGUGACAACAUGGUCUCCUGUUGGAGCAGCUUUCAAUGCCAAGAGUCAGAGGAGGAUUAACCUGCUGGAGAAACACGGGGGUCUGUUCGGGGUCCCAGAGCUGAGCUGUCCUGCUGGAUUUCAGGUGGCAACACAAACCGCUCUGAAGAACACAGACCGCCUGGUGAAACUGGUUUGUUCUGGUCCUCCAGGUGUGAGGACUGUGGAGUCUUUCGACCAGCUGUCAGACGGUCUGUGUAAGGUGGCUGAUCUGGCAGACUUUGUGAAAGUCGCCCAUCCAGAUCCAGCAUUUCGAGAGGCUGCUGAGAAGACCUGCAUCGAGAUUGGCACAGUUGUGGAGAAGCUGAACACAAAUGUAGAAUUAUGCAAUAGUCUAAAAAGAUUGCUGGACAACCCUGACUUAGUGUCUCAGCUGGAUGCUGAUAGCAGACGAGUGGCUGAGCUGUUCAUGUUUGACUUUGAAAUCAGUGGAAUUCAUCUGGAUUACAAAGUGAGGAAAGAGGCCGUCUCUCUCCACGUGAAGCUCUUGGAUCUCAGCAACGAGUUUCUGGUGGGCUCUCACCUUCCAAACAGAAUAGCGAGGUCAGCGAUCCCUGAGCAUUUACACCUGCACUUUGCAAGUGAAGGAAGCUUUAUCCAAGUUGCAGGACUACAUGCAGAUUCUCCUGAUGACUUGGUGCGAGAAAUUGCGUACCGAAUUUUCCUCUAUCCAAAUACAGACCUGAUGGAGUGUCUGGAGGAGCUGCUCAGAUGUAGAUACAAACUGGCCAAACUUGUGGGCUAUGAGACGUAUGGGCACAGAGCCCUGAAGGGAACAAUGGCCAAAACUCCAGAGACGGUGAUGCACUUUCUUCAGCUCUUAACAGACAAGCUGUCAGACAGAACAGCCAAAGACUUCCAGAUGAUGAAGAGCAUGAAGAAGAGACUUAACCCUCGGAAUUCUGAGCUCAUGCCAUGGGAUCAUCCGUUCCUCAGCGGUGUCCUGCGUGCUGAAAGGUACAACAUUGAGCCCAGCCUCUACAGUCCUUAUCUGUCUUUGGGCGCCUGUAUGGAGGGUUUGAACAACCUCUUCUCUCAGCUGUUCGGUGUGUCCCUCAUGUCUGAACAACCUGCUGCUGGAGAGAUUUGGAGCGAGGAUGUCCGCAAACUGGCUGUUGUGCAUGAGACUGAAGGAUUAUUGGGUCAUAUUUACUGUGACUUUUUCCACCGCCAAGAUAAACCUCACCAGGACUGUCACUUCACUAUCCGCGGCGGCCGCUGGUGCGAGGAAACGGGUCAGUACCAGCUGCCAGUCGUGGUGCUGAUGCUGAGUCUCCCCCAUCCGACGAAGAGCGCCCCCACCCUGCUCACCCCUGGCAUGAUGGAGAACCUCUUCCAUGAGAUGGGACAUGCCAUGCACUCCAUGCUGGGACGCACUCGCUACCAGCAUGUGACAGGAACCAGAUGUGCAACGGAUUUUGCUGAAGUCCCCUCCAUCCUGAUGGAAUACUUUGCCACCGACUAUAGAGUCAUAAGCCAGUUUGCACGGCAUUAUGAAACUGGACAGCCUCUACCUGAGAGUAUGGUGGCUCGCCUCCGAGAGUCUAAGAAGGUCUGCGGGGCUGCAGACACACAGCUGCAGGUCUUCUAUGCGGUCUUGGACCAGAUCUACCACAGCCAGCCUCAGAACUGCUCAACCACAGACAUCCUGAAGGAGAUGCAGCAGAGUUUCUAUGGCCUGCCUUACACCCCAAACACCGCAUGGCAGCUGAGAUUUAGCCACCUGAUUGGCUAUGGGGCCAAGUACUACUCCUACCUCAUGUCCAGGGCUGUGGCGUCUAUGGUUUGGAAUCAGUGCUUCAUUCAGGAUCCUUUAAACAGGGACAUGGGUGAGCGUUACCGUCGGGAGAUGCUGGCCCACGGAGGAGCCAAGGAGCCAAUGAAGAUGGUGGAAGGAAUGCUCCGGAGACAGCCCACCAUUGAGGACUUAGUGGAUGCACUGGUGUCGGAGCUCAACCUGGACUUUGAGACUUUCAUCAUGGACUCUGAAACAUAAAACCUGCAGCUUCCAGCGUUUAAAUCAACCUGAACCCUGACAGAGCAAAUAGAACAGUGAUGAUCAGAUUAUUAAAAACCUUUUUUUACACUGUUGGUCUUUGAUAAAGUCACACUGAUUGUGCUUUCAUCAGUGGGUUGCAGCCGAAUCCUGAAUCUCUUUCAUAUCUGUAUAAAUUGAAUAUUAGAUAGAAUGUAAAAUUGUUUCCACAUCCCUUGAAAAGGACUUAAUAAAAAAAAAAGUGACAUAA